AUGGACCCCUACUCAGCUGAGGGCGAGCUCAUCAACAUCCACAACCACUUCCACCAGGGCCAGUUCCAGGAGGUGGUCGACUACGACACGUCCUCCCUCUCGCCAGAGAACGCCCUCCCCGCCAAGGUACUGCAGCUACGAUCCCGCAUCGCCCUGGGCCAGGCGGAAGAUGUCCUGGCUGAGGUGAAGGGCAAGUCGGAGCCCGAGCUGGCCGUCGUGGGCGCCCUGGCCCAGCAGGCUCUCGGCAAGACCGACGCUGCCGUCGCUGUCGUCGAGAAGCUGGCCGAGGAGAGCGGUGACAACCCGGUUGUGCAGGUUGUUGGCGGCACGGUGCUCCAGGCUGCGGGCAAGUCGGAGGAGGCGCUGGCGCUGCUGUCCAAGCAACAAGGAAACCUCGAUGCCGUGGCUCUCAGCGUCCAUAUUCACCUUGCUCUGAACCGCAACGACCUCGCAUUCAAGGAAGUAAAGGCCGCGCGGAGCUGGGCCCAAGACAGCUUGCUGGUGAACCUGGCCGAGUCAUGGGUUGGCAUGAGGAAGGGAGGUGAGGCUUACCAGCAGGCCUUCUACGUCUUUGAGGAGCUGGCACAGUCAGCGUCAACAUCAUCGGUGCGGACUCUUGUCGCUCAGGCCGUAGCUGAGCUUCACCUCGGCCGGACCGAAGAGGCACAGGCCGCGCUGGAGCAGGCUACGCAAAAGGAUCCCAACUUUGCCGAGACGGUCGCAAACCUGCUCGUCCUCAAGGUCAUUACCGGUGCUAAUGCAGAUGAGCAGACCAGCUUGUUGAAGAAGACCGCACCGGAUCACCCGCUGUUGGUUGAUUUGGAGGAGAAGAGUGCUCUGUUCGAUAAGGCUGCUACGAAAUACAGCGCCAAGGUGUCAACUGUGUCAAGUUAA